GUUAUUCCUACUUGCCUUGUGAUUCUAAAUGCAUGGCGUGAGAUGGACAGGAUUGCACAGGGCGCUUCCUGCGCAAAGAGAUGACUUGGAGCGGCGUGCUUUGGCGAUGCCCUGUUUUUGAUUCGAAAUGGGGCUGUCGGCCUGCAGCGUUUGGAGCCAGUCGCACCAGACAGAGUGAGAUCUUGCAGCGACGCUGGCGACUUCAUGUUGCAAUGGCUGCAGCCUCUCCGGCUUUGCUGGCACUCGCCCGGCGCUCCUCCGCAACAGGCACAUCUCAGGCGGACUUCUUGAAAGUGCUGCGCAGAAAGCGCGCUAGCCUUGAGGAGGCUGAGUCAGCUGCCGAAGGCUUGCGCGCCGGAGGCUACCUAAGUGGCGUGCGAAGUUAUUCCUCCGCUAUUGUUGCCUCCAGCAGAGGCCGAAAGUGGCAAGUUGCAAUGCAGCUCUUCGAUGAGAUGCUGGAGAUUGGGCUGCGACCUACUGCUUCCGCCUUCUCUGCUGCUAGAGAAGCAUGCGAAGAAGGUGGUCAUGCAGCACUGGCCUUGCGGGUCCGCGAGGUGCAGGGCGAUGAGGCACCUGUGCCAAAGGCGAAGAAACUCGAGGUCGUGCCGAUGCAGACGGCCACCCAGGUCCUGUAUUCGAAGGGCGCCCUUUGCACUCGCUUUCGUGAAAAAGAUGCCCCACAGACAAGGCUGUCAGAAACCGCGGAGCUGCUACGGUCUGGUGGCCAUUUGGAGGAAACUCUCAGCUACACUACAGCACUUCGCAAUUGUGAGCAUGGCCACCACUGGCCCUGGGCUCUCAGCUUGCUUGGUGAAAUGCGGGACAGAAGUGUGGAGCAAGAUGUCGUAACCUACAAUGUUGCCAUUGCUGCCUGUGGUCGCGCACAGCAGUGGGAGCGCUCUUUGGUUUUGCUGGAGAGCAUGCCUUCGAUUGACAUCAGCCCUGAUUUCGAGACGUAUCAGGCCGCCUCUUUGGCCUGCAGUCGCAACGGAGAAUGGGAGCAGGCGCUAGCGUUCUUGGCAGUCGCCCAAGCGCUUCAGGUGGCCAACGCCGAAUCCUGGCAUAUUGGCAUGAUGGCCUGUGCGAGCGCUGGUGCGUGGGAGGCUACUCUGGAGAUGCUGGAAUGUGCAGGUUCUGAAUCCUCUCCGUCAAGGCCCCAAUGCAGCGCAACAAACAGGAGGGAGGUCUCCCGCGACCUGAUGUGCUAUGGAGUUGCUUUGUAUGCCUGCAUGGAAGCUGGCCGCUGGCCAUUGUGCCUGGCCUUGCUAGAGCGUAUGCGCUCAGAAGAGGUGGAAGCUGACGCUGUGGCCUUGGCCUGCGCCGCGCAAGCAUGCCGAGAUGGAAGGAACACUGACACCACCAAUGAGAUCAUCAGCGAGAUGCGGCUGAAAAAGAUGAACUCCAAUGUAGCUGAGGUGUUGAGUGAGGCAACGCUGUCGGUGGACUUUCCGGAGGUGCGGAGCCCCGUCCCCCUUGGAGCCCUCAGGCCCAUGGCGCCCAAGGAAGUAAGCCUCUAUAAAUGGAUCAGGCAGCGUGCGACUCCGGGAGACGUUGCGUCGGUGAUUCAGGUCAUCGAAGAGUUUGCAGAGGAGCGCAGCUGGUUGAAGAUUCAGGGAGAGCAAAAGAAGGAACUACUGGAGGCCAGUUUGAGACCGGAGGAUAGGGUGGUGGAGUUUGGCUGUUAUGUGGGCUACUCCUCGAUGGUCAUGGCCAAAAAACUUCGGGAGCUUGGCGGAGGUAGCGUGACCACCUGCGAGGUGGAUGCAGCCAAUGCCUACGUGGCACGUGGGGUACUGCAAUUCGCUGGCGUGGAGGGUGAGGUGCAGGUCAGGGUGGGGUGUGCCUGUGAUUGGGUGGCCACGGGACAGCUUGGUACAAUUGAUUUCCUGUUGCUGGAUCACCGAGGGACGAUCUACCACGAGGACCUUCAUGCUGCAGAGCCGAGCUUGUCGGAACAUGCGCUGGUCUUUGCGGACAAUGUCUUGUACCCUGGAGCACCGUUGUUUUUGAACUACAUUGAUGUCCAGGGCUAUGAGAUUGAAAUCCAUGAACUCAAGGAGUUCAAAAGACCUGACCUGGAUGACUGGGUCGUGAUUUGUCGACCGCCUCCGGUUGCAGAGCGCAAGGACAUGCCCCAGUCAACCCCUGCUGAGCUUCGUCGGCUUUCAGCUGAGGUUGAUGCCAUUUCUUGGCGCAGUCAAGAGCAGAUGGUUGACUGGGUUGCAUUUCAGACCCGCUUGAAGCCCGUGUUUUAUGCCUGGAAAGAAGAACGUGGCCUCUGAAAA